AUUAUGUAUCAGAUAUUAGAUACAUGCAACAGGACUUCGUGUAUUUAAGCGUGAUUAAUAUUUCAAAUGACAAACGAGAUGAGGAUCGCGAGCUGUGUGUUAGCGUCCCUAGCAGGACUUCAACUCUGCCACGGCUUCGUAUUACCCACCCACAAUGUCCGGAGAACGGAGUCGGGAUCAGUGAGGGGGAUCAUUACUACCCAGGGACAGUCCUAUCUGGGCAUUCCUUAUGGAAAGGCCAGCAGAUUUUCUCACUCUGUGGCAUUCGGCGCGUGGAACGGCAUCCGGUCCGCGGAAAAGUAUGGUCCACAGUGUUAUCAACCGCUGGCAUUAUGUCAGAUAUCCCCCGAAAGUUGUAACAAAGAGAUGAGCGAGGAUUGCUUGACCCUGAAUGUUUACACACCAAGAAGAGCUAAAUACCCGAGUGGUGAUGACUCAUGUAACUGGAAACACAAAUACCCUGUCUUGGUGUGGAUACAUGGCGGUUAUUAUCAGGCGUACUCCGCCGGAAGUCCUUACUACAACGGACUAGAUCUUGCAUCAGCAGCCGGAAUUAUUGUUGUCACGUUGAAUUAUCGCCUUGGACCACUUGGAUUUUUGAAAAUACCUGGAGUAGAGGAAAGCGGUAACUACGGGUUUUAUGACCAGCGUCUGGCAUUAGAAUGGGUUAAAAGAAACAUCCAUUAUUUCGGAGGAAACCCCAAAAAGGUAACCUUGGGUGGUGAAAGCGCAGGCGCACAUGCUACAUUGUUCCAUAUGAUGAUGCCAAGAUCACAGCCUCUGUUUCAGAGGGCAAUAUUAAUGUCAGCUCCAGGGAUUGAAGUUCCAACUUCUGACGAUUCAACGAAAACAGCCGUUGCCUUGAUGAGCAGUCUAAAAUGUGAUUUAAAGGACAAUGCUAUAAAAUGUUUGAGGGAAAAGUCAGUCCAUGAUAUUACAGCACUGAGCUUACAGCUACCUGCCCCACAAAAUUUCUUACAUACUUUUCAGCGGUUUGGCGUUUAUAUCGACGGUCUGGAGAUCACGGAAAGUUUCUUUAACAACUCUAAUUCGAAACAUAAAUUUGGAGACAAGCCCCUACUUAUUGGAACGUCUGAAUACGAAGCCUUACGUCUGGUAUACAAUACCCUGAAACAACCCAUCCCAUUACCUGCCUUUAGUGCAGUAGUGAGCCAAUGGCGGCCGGCUAUAGUGCAAGAAACGCAACGUUUGUAUAUGGCCUCGCCUUCUUCCUCCAUGGACAUACGACCAGAGAUUAGUAAUUUAUUAACAGACGCCCUAUUUACAUGUCCAGCUCGUUUCCUUGCAGGUCGCAUUGCCUCUGAGAGCAACGUUUGGGUAUAUGUGUUUAACCACCCGAAUUUUGACACGUACAAUACUCCCUUAUCUUGUGAUGACCGGGCCUGUCAUGUUGACGAUUUUCCGUAUUUAUUUCUCCAUCCCAAAUUAGUUUCAGGUGUACCAGACAAAUAUUUUCCUCAGUUAUCUAAGUUGAUGGUUGAAUAUUUUGGAAAUUUUGUAAAGAGGGCAAACCCCAAUUCCCGCAAGAUGAGGCCAGUUUGGUUACGUCACAAACGCGAAUUGGUCUCUGAAAAAAUGAAAGAGAAAAGGAAAUGGAAGCUUCCAUUGUCUGAUGAUUUUACCUUAGAGCUGAGAUACCCUGACCCUCGAAUGAUCCAGCAUUACAGAAGAGACAGGUGCGACUACUGGGAUAAAGUCGGAUACAGGAAAGAAUGAUGGAACUCGCAUGUGGAAGGAACAAUUUUGUCAUGAAUGACGAUAUAUUGUAUCUACUCAGAAACCAAGUUCUUGAAAUAAUAAAAUCAAUACGAUUACUAAAA